UGUGCUUCAAGUUUUAGUUCCCAUCACGUUUAUAUUGUGUGAAAUUUUAAAAACGCCUUUUAUUACUUUUAUUAAUUUGUUUUUUCAAAUGUGUGAGUGAGUUGAGGUGUAAAAAUUGCAAAAUGUUAUGUGACGACAAUUCUGACAAGGUGUCCAAAAAUCCGUUGUGUGUGUUCUGCUUGUCGCCGCCGUUUUCAAUAAGAGCUUUUACACGUCCUCCUGAAAGGUCGGCGUCUCGACGCCUUUCAGUCCGUUGCUGGCGUCGCGGCGGCUCUUCACUUCUCUCCGUGCGUCCACGUUUCAAAGCCGUCAAUCGGCGGUCCUCAAACUCCUUAACCAAAUAUUUAUCAGGAUUUUUCCAAACUCGCGCCAGGAGGGGUCUAACACUGCAGGAGGUGCUCGAAGAGAUACGCAAAGCUUGGAAUCCGCAAAGUUAUUGCACGAUGGAUGAGAAAUGGAGCAAAAGCAACUCAAACGAAACGCUUUCACCUGUCCUGCUGCGAAGAAGACUAAGCGCACCGGAAACAAUAAUGCGAAAGCACAUGUUGGCGCAACAGCGCUCCGACUCCCAAGACAGCGAAAUUGCCCAAUCCGAAGCAAAAAUCUACACUUAUCGCGGCGAAAUGGACGCCGGGAGUGAUUCAAACUUGAACCGGAAGCGCGAUCCGGACUUGAUGCGAAAAACAACGCUGUUGAGGCGCCUCUGGAGCCACACCAAGCCGUUACCAAGCACCCGAUUUUCCGGGACCUUCCACGAAUGGCAGCACUCCUACGGAAAACUGUGCUCGGGAAGGUCCACUCACUCGCUCACUUCGGUGCAUUCGUCCCCCGAACACCUCGUUAAAUCGCAAAGCAGGAGGUCCCUCAACGAGUCCAGGACUUCGCCGCAACACAAAAACAUCAACUCGAGAAGACUUUCGCCGAAACACCAAAAGAGGCACUUCGAGACGGACAGCACCACCACCACCAAAACCAGCACCACCACCACCCCCAAAACGACAACGGAGACGGAAACGAGCACCCGGUACACCAACACGAGCUACACCACGUUCUCGGACAAUUCGGACUCAGCCUACACCAACAGCAAUUCAAACUACACGGAGACUUCGAACAACAACUCGACUCCGUCCGAAAUUCGGAAGGACGUUCUUGAAGACACGGAAGCGUCGAACCAGGGGUACCACCUCAGAGGGGCCAACGAAACGGCAACGCAAACCAUCGGCACCACCAACGUUAACGUCAUCUCAAACGUGCAGCUCAGCCAAUCAACUUUAGACCUAAUUUUUAACCAAGUGAUGCAAGACGUGAAAAACUCUAGUGACGUUUCGAGUGAAUCUAAUAUCGUACAAGUGAAACAAAUCCCGAGUUUUUACCUCAAAAGGAAAGACAGUGAGGACAAUUCGCAACACAGUCGCAUAGUUAAAUGUAUGAUCAGCAACGUGGGGGCCGGGAGCCCGUACAGCAAGCCCCCGGAAGCCCCCCAAAUCGCCGUUCCGCGCUUUUCGGCACGACCGCAAACCUCAUCAAUGGAGGUUAAUAUAUCAUCAGGGGAGUCCACUGAUAAGGAAUCAGACACUGUCAGUUUAGUGGACAGUUUGGAGGACACUUCGUCACUGCGAACAGACCCCAUGCAGAACGAAGUGAUCGCUAACAAAAGUGACAUAUCGCUAGAGCUUCCCGAUAAUAGUGAUAAGAAACCUAGCAAGCCCACUGCGUUCUUCAUCCCCAUUGAAAUCGAUUCCAGGACUGAGUUUAAGCCAGUUUCGGAUCAUUUGCCUCAAAAAGUUAGGGACCGCCUAGUUAGAAGACAGCAAAAACGAGAAGAAAGAAAUAGGAGCAAGCAGAGCUCAUCUAGAUCUGAUAGUAACUACAUUAGUGCAAGCGAAAACGGCAAUCACAUUCACUGUAUCGUUCACAACGGCGCCGAUAUCAACUUAAAUAGCGUACCUCUCCCUGAAGUCAAUUACGGUAAAAGUAAAAAACGGAGCAAACCGCUCCUGCCUAGCAUCGAGUCAUUUAGAAGAAUUAAAAUCGAUGACCAAAAAUCGGUCAAGCGCAAGUCAAUUAAGGACGAAAACUACACCAAAUCCAAGCAGAAACUUUGGGUUCCGAAGGUCAGGAACAAAAACGAGAAGUUGACGCCGCUGUACACGUCCAAGAACGAAUACGUGUACGACUGCGGCCCUCGCAGAAUCUACCACAAAACGGAGUUUAACAACACGAAUAAGAGAAUCGAAAUUUUGGAGAUCAUGGAGUGCGUCGAUAACUCGGAAAAGCUGGAGAAGUUAUCGAAAAAGUCGAAAAUUCCGGUCCUGGUCAACCAGAAGUUGCCGAAAAUAAACCAAAAGCAGUCGAAAGCCGAAAAACCGGCUUUUUUAGACUUGGACUGCGUUCCCAUCACUGAUCCCAAAUUAGACCAACUCAUCGCAAAUAUAUUAAUAGAAACUUUAAAUAUUCCUGAUAUACAGGCGUCAGUGAGUGGCAGCAAAUCGCCGGUGCAGGAAUCCCAGGCUGAGUCAGCGAAGGCGAAGUUUAGUCAAAAAUUUGACGCGAUCCCCGAGGAACUGUCGUUCCAGUCGUCGACCGAAAACGACGUUUCGAACAACAAUGACGUCAAUCCCGCCGAAGAAAAGAGCGCGUAUCAGGGCAAAGCGGCCGUGGCCGUUGUUAAGGACGAAAACUUUUCCUCGAUUCCUAAAGGUUGGAUCACGUUUUACAUGCUGCAUAACAAUCGGGGAUCCCCUGAUAGUACUUCCGAUGAAGGGAAAAAACUGGCUGACAAGAAAAAUGAAAGCAAGCAAGAAAUUGAGUCGGGGAAUAACAAUGACCUGACUUCGGCCUACAGCAACGUCACUUAUGACGUUGUCAAAAAAGACAAAUACGAAUCGAAUGGAAACUGCUCCUCCAGCAGUGAAAUUCCGGCGAAAACGCUGCCCCCGACCACCGGUCGAUAUAAAAAGUAUAACCAGAGGAAAAUAAGGCAUAAAGUCAGCGAAACGGAAAAAGUUAAGCAGUUCGGCGAAUGGUCCGUGACAGUGAGCGGGACAAACAGCUACGGCCAGUUUGCUCCCGACUUGGAGAUGAGUCUAAAAUUCCCCGAUUCUCAGAAAAACUACACCUGUCCAAGCCAGUCCGACUCUGGUUUAGGAGAAGACAAUGAAAAGUCUCAUUUUCCAAAAAUCGGAACAAAACAAGACCAGUAUAAAGAAGAAGAUGAAAAUAAUGAGUUUAUGAAGCAGCGAUUGCCAGAUAUUGCCAGAACAAAAAUGGGGAAAAAACAGCGGAGAAGCGAUUCCAGCGUUCCCUCCCUCGGGAACUUGUCUUCCAGAAUCGAACCGAGACAAACUCGGACGAGUACAAGAAGAUAUAAUUUGAGUCGACCUAAAAUUGAUUACCAAAAAUCGGAGACACCGAGAAAUGCCAUAAGCCUAUUUAAUGAUAGGUUCAUUGAGACGAGUUGGAAUUUUUUUAUCUUAUUGUCUCGUUUUAGCCACUAUGCCGAAAUUUUGAAACGAUUUCCGGAAAUUUUAAGCAUUACUGGGAACGCCAUCAACCAGGGGAAAAAAUAGCGAUAAAUAGGAUACUCGUAAGAAUAAAAUGAUAACUGCAUUUUUUAUGAAUUUGUAAUCAAAGUAUUAAUGUUGUUGAAACGUUAGAAAAUGAACUUAGAGAUUUGUUAUUGUUUGUUAACUUUGCCAAAUACAAUGUUUAAAAUA